AUGGUACUGCCUUUCAUUUUCCUCCGCAUGCCGAAUAAGCAAACGACCUACUGUCAUGCCACGGCAGAAACCGUAGAUCUGGGCGCUGUGCACGCGCCUAAGGAAGAGUCCAUCAAGGUAUUCCAAGAGAUCGCGCACGAUCUCAAAAAAGAGCUUCUCCACAUCCGACGUGAGCAUCAAAAGCACGAGCCCGAGUAUUUUCAGGCUGUUCAACACCUCGACGAUCACCAACUAGCCGCUUUUGGCCCGGACAACUUUGUGGCCGUAAGAGUUGCCAGUUCGGCUUACGGAAUCCACCUCUUUGGCAAGGUCCGAAUCCCAGCCCUACCUGAGUCGGGGCCUGCCUACAUUCACUUCCGCGCCUUCGUGCCCGGAGCUGAGCCGCCAAAACUUCACAGCAUUCACACUGAAGAGACUGAGCAUUCGGAUGGAGACAAGACGUAUAGAGCCAUAUUCACUAAAGAUGACGACCUUGAGUGGUUUGACACAUAG